UCUUCCCUCCAUCUCUGGAAAACUGAUCAAGAAACACAGAGAGAUUUUCGAGUUGAAGAGAACUCGAGCAAAAAGGCUUUCAUGGCGAGAGCGAGAAACAUAAAGAACCCAUUCUUUACACUGAUUCCAUCACCAGUCUUUCCCUUAGUCUCUGUCUCUCCAUUAACUUCACUUCUCUUCUCUCCCAAAAAGAGCCCAAGAAACCACAUUGAUAAGUUCUUUUCACUAUCAACCACCUCAAGAACCUUUUCUAUCUUCUUUAUAUCACUUCUUGUUUCUUUUUCGCUAUUGGGUAUGUUCAUUCUCAGCUUGUUUCCCAUUUCUCAAGAUUCAGUCUCAUGUAACUCUUUCAUCUCUCCUUCAUCUUCACUCUCCUUCCCUUCUAAAUCAAUUUCGCACCGCCUUUUAGCUUCUUUUUCUUCAAGAUCGUUAUCACAUGUAAAAGGUGACAAGCCUGGUCUAGCAAAGAGUGUCAUGGUGCCAUUACCGGUUCAAGGGGUUACUGGGAAUGUGUCAAAAGAGGAGAGUGAGUUCUGGGAGCAGCCUGAUGGCGAAGGGUACAAGCCAUGUUUGGACUUUAGUAUCAACUAUCGAAAGGCAUCUUCUAGAAUUUCGAAGGAGAAGAGGAGAUUCUUGGUAGUUGUUGCCUCAGGCGGAUUGAAUCAGCAGAGAACCCAGAUUGUUGAUGCUGUUGUUAUUGCGAGAAUUCUUGAAGCUGCCUUGGUUGUGCCUGUUUUGCAGGUUAAUUUGAUCUGGGGUGAUGAUAGCGAAUUUUCUGAUAUUUUUGAUGUGGAACAUUUCAAGAGGAUCUUACAAGCUGAUGUAAGAAUUGUAUCAUCCCUUCCCUCUACUCAUUUGAUGUCCAGACAAUCCAUUGAAAACCAGAUUCCUAUUGACGUUUCACCUUUAUGGAUUCGUGCCAGGUUUUCUAGAAAGCUGAAUGAAGAAGGUGUUCUUGUACUAAAAGGGCUAGCCUCUAAGCUCUCCAAGAAUCUUCCACCUGAUCUGCAGAAACUUCGAUGCAAGGUGGCUUUCCACGCCUUAAGAUUUGCAGCACCAAUUCAAGAACUUGGGAAUAGACUUGCAAGGAGAAUGUGGAUUGAAGGUCCAUAUAUUGCCCUCCAUCUUCGUCUAGAGAAGGAUGUAUGGGUCAGAAGUGGAUGUCUCACUGGUUUAGGCGCAGAAUAUGACAGAAUCAUCUCUCAAGUUAGGAAUUCCCAAACUGAAUACCUGACUGGAAGAUUAAACAUGAGCCACAUGGAGCGAAGACUUGCUGGUCUGUGUCCCCUUAAUGCAAUUGAAAUGGCAAGGCUUUUAAAGGCUUUAGGGGUCUCGAGCAACGCCAGAAUAUACAUUGCAGGUGGAGAGCCAUUUGGGGGUGUUCAGACUGCGCAGCCACUUGUAGCAGAAUUUCAUAAUCUAGUGACUAAGGAUAUGUUGGCAAGAGAAGGAGAACUGUUACCAUAUAUCAAGAAAUCUUCUGCUAUGGCUGCCAUUGACUACAUUGUUUCACUUAGCAGCAAUGUUUUUAUACCAUCUCAUGGGGGAAACAUGGGCCGGCUCAUGCAGGGUCACCGCGCCUAUGUGGGUCAUUGGAAAUGCAUAAAGCCUAACAAGCGAUCUAUGAUUCCGUUUUUAGAAAAAUCCUCUCUUUCGGAUGCAGAAUUUGGGAGCAUAGCCAGGAUGCUGCACAGGAAAUCUAAAGGCCAGCCAGAGCCAAGAAGUAACAAGAGAGACCGGGACGUGAUCGCGUACCCAGUACCUGAGUGCAUGUGCAAGCACAGCACACCAAUUUUUUGA